AUGACUCACUCAUAUGGUCUUCGUUCGGGUACUAGAUCCCUCUUCGCACGUGGUUUCCGUCAACACGGUCGUCUCAAUGCCACCACCUACUUGAGAACCUACAAGGUCGGAGAUAUCGUUGACAUCAAGGCCAACGGUAACGUCCAAAAGGGUAUGCCACACAAGUUCUACCACGGUCGUACCGGUCGUGUCUGGAUCGUCACUCCACGUGCUGUUGGUAUUGUCGUCAACAAGCGUGUUGGUCCACGUAUCAUUGCCAAGAAGAUCUACAUCAGAGUAGACCACGUCAAGCCAAACAACGCCCGUAUCGUUGCUGCUGAACGUCGUGCUGCCGCCAAGGCCGAAAAGAAGGCUGCCAAGGCUGCCGGAAAGCCAUUGCCACCAAAGGCUCGUUUCCCAGCCCUCCCAACCAAGGCUUUCUUCGUCAACCCAAGAGACACUGAAGUUGAAACCAUCGCCCCACUCAAAUACGAACUCCUCCUCUAA